AUGUAUCGGCCCUUCGGCAUGAUUAGAUUUUCGCUCCGCAGGCCUAGGGUUCGGGCGUGGCUGUCUUGUAGUCGUCCUGACUCCCAGGCGCAGGCGCGGCCCCGAGCCCUCAGCGCCGCGGUGACGAGGAGCCCAGAGCCGCUAGCACCGCGCCCGCGCGCUGAGCCGCGGAAAGACAGCCUGCUAGGAGCCGCUCGAACGGCCACCACGGCGCCGCGCGGGGAUCCUGGCAAGACGGCUGCUCCAGCGGCUGCUUUGCCGCUGCACAGUAGGGCGUCGCGGGAUGCGCAACGGCUCAAUGCCGCAGCGCGGACGGCGACCGUAGCCAGCGCCCCCACCCCAGGCCGCGCGCGUCAAGCGGCUUGCGCCGCGCAGCCGCAGCAGCCGGCGCAGCGGCAGCAGCAGCUGCCGCUGUGGCGACGCCCUCCGCAGCCGCCGCUGCGGCAGCGCCAGCCGCAGCAGCAGCGCCAGCAGCAGCAGCGGCGGCAGCCUUUAUGCCAGCGGGCCCAGCAGCAUGCCGUGGCCCCAGGCAGCUUCGCCGCCGCCCACGCGGCGACGGCGGACAGCGCGCCCCGACGAGGCCCCUCGCCGGCAUGCGAAGCGCCUGCCGACGCCUCAGAGGCAGCGGUACCCGCCGCCCGCCCGGAGUGGGUGGCCGAGGGCGCCAUGCGCGCAGGGCCACCAGAUGACUCACACUGCACAGCCACAGCAGUGGCGUGCGCAGCGGCGGACCCAGCCUCGGGGAGCGGUGGCGGCCCGGCACUCCGGCCGCCUGCGAGGCUUGCCGACAAUGCAGGCGCCAGCCACAGCUGUGCGGCGUCGCCGCGAGCGGCGUCACCGGGCAGGCGCGCCGUGUCGAACGCCACGAGGUUGUACGAGGGCCGCCGCGGGCGAUGUAGCGGGAACCCCGACGAGGAUAUCGACGUGGUUCUGGACGAAUUGGUGGACAGCGUCCUGCGAUCUUGCCACCGGGAGUCGCAGCGCUUCGUCCCCGACGUUUCCGUGCUCAACGAGCGCUUGCGCAGCGCUGACCGCGAGUCGGUUCUCGGCUGGCUGGUGCAGGCGUGCGACGUCAUGCGCUUCCACGACUCGGUGUUUUUCUCCACAGUGCUCCUCCUGGACAGAUACUGCGCCCUGCAGGGCGAGCCCAUGCAGAUGGAGCGGAUGCGGAAGGUCUUGAUGGCCGUGAUCUGCACGGUCCUGAAGGCCUGCGCUGUCAAGGACGACCCGUGCUUCAGCACCCCCAUGCGGGACCUGCUCCUGCACCUGUGCCGGCAGCAGGUCCCCUUCGAAGAGAUCCUGGCGAUGGAGUACCAGGUGCUCCGGGCGCUGAACUACGACGUCUCCGCGCCCUCGCCGCUGGAUUUCCUCGAGGCGCUCGCGGUGCCGCUCGCGGCGGGCUCCGCCGAGCAGGCCAUGGGCCGGUGCCCGCUCCGCCGGCUGGCCGGCUUCCUGCUGCAGCUUUCGCUCUUCGACGCGCACUUGAGCUACCGCUACCCGCACCUCGUGCUGGCGGCCGCGGCGCUCUUCCUGGCGCUGUGCGCCCUGCGCGCGGCCCCGAGGCUGUCCCGCGCGCUGCUCGAGGACGUCGGGCUGGCCGCCGAGGGCGCGGCGGAGGCCCCCCCGGCCCGCCUGGUCGCCGAGUGCGCGGCCGAGGUGCGCGCGCGGUGGGCGGAGUUCGCCGCCUCGCGCGGCGAGCGGGCCGCCAGCCUCAUGGGCAAGUUCGCCGACCGGUCGAUCCCGGCGGCGGUGCUGCUGGCCCCGCCGCCGCUGGCCUGCCUACUCGAGGCGGCCCUGGCGGCGGAGGCCCCGGCCCCCGCCGGCCCUCGCGGCCCGGGCGCUGCGCCGCAGCCGUCGGCAGCCCCCGAGCGGUCCCCCGAGCGCCCGCCCGGGGGCGGGAUCGCGGACCGCGCCGCCGAGGCCGCCUCGCCCAGCGAGGUCGCGCAACAGAGGCUGGAGCGCGCGAGCUGUGAGCGCCGGCAGACUCAGCCUGUCGAGGUGAAGUGCGCCCAGCUCGUAUAG